GUGUUGAGUGGUCUCUUCACUCUUUUCUCCUCUUUACCGAGCCAAGAGCAACCGAAAGGGGAGGCCCGCCCGUCGACCUGAGAACACAGCCGAGCGUGAGACGAUGUGGAGAAGGGUUUGCGUCGCUUCCUGUCGACCCGCUCUCCGGAAGCCCCACGCCUCCGCCGCCGCCCUCGCCCUCGCCCCCGUCCUCUCCUCUUCGCCCUCGUGGAACACGCCGCGGCUCUCCUUCUCCUCCUCUGCCUCCGGUGAUGGAUCGUUGAAGAAGAGGGUGGUGGUGAUGCCGAUCGUCAUGCCGUUUUCGAUCCUUCUCUUCUUGGUGGGUGUUGGAUGCUAUGAGGUGCCGAGAAAAUGACCAUCUUUUGGUGGGUGUUGUCUCGUUUACAUAUCUAGGGGAAAAAGCGGUUCGAUAUGGACGCCUCCAUAGGCCCCUUCGGCACCAAGGAAGCUCCUGCUGUCAUCGAAGCCUACUAUGACAAGAGGAUAGUUGGCUGUACUGGUGGCGACGGCGAGGAUAAGCACGAUCUCGUAUGGUUCUGGUUGGAGAAAGGCAAACCGCACGAAUGCCGGGUCUGCUCCCAAUGCUACGUGCUCGAAGUGAUCGGCGAGGGAGGGCCGCCGGAUGACGAGGUUGAUCUCGAGGUUGAUGGCGAGGGAGGCCUUCAUGUGGUUGAUCACGAGGUUGAUGGCGAGGGAGGGCCUUCGAUCUUUCUUGCCCAAGCAUGGCUUAUCUUUUUGCUCGCCCUUUUGCUUUUCCAUACAUUAUCUGCACUGUCAAAUACUCCAUGGCUACAUUAGACUAUUCAUUCUCUCUUCCUUGAUAUCAAUGUCCGAUCGUUGUAGGGAUGCUAAGCUAAUAUUGUGAAAUUGUUCUUGCA